AUGGCUCUUCCUUUGACGGGCAAGCUGGCCCUUGUCACCGGUGCCUCAAGAGGCAUUGGCUUGGCCAUCACUAAGACGCUCGCUGCCCGCGGCGCGAACCUCCUCCUCGCCUACACCUCUGAGAGCUCUGCCGCCUCCACCGCGAGCCUCGCCGCUGAGCUGUCUGCCAAGCACUCAAUCAAGGUCGUCCCCGUCCAGGCCGAUCUCAGCACCGUCGCCGGCCCGGCAUCCCUCAUCGCCCAGGCGACCAACGCCUUCAGCCCGCUGCGCAUCGACAUCCUCGUCAACAACGCCGGCGUGGCCCUCAACGACAACGUCACCGACAUCAAGCCAGACGACUUCCACAAAACCUACGACGUCAACGUUCUCGGCCCGCUGCUGCUCGUCCAGGCCGCCGUGCCCUACCUGCCCACCGACCGCUCUGGCCGCAUCAUCAACCUCAGCAGCGUCAGUUCCAGCAUGGGCUUCGUCGGCCAGAGCGUCUACGGCGGCUCCAAGGCGGCCCUCGAGGCCAUGACGCGCACCUGGGCGCGCGAGCUGAGCGAGCGCUGCACUGUCAACGCCAUCAACCCGGGCCCCGUCCGUUCCGAGAUGUACUCGCGCAACACGGACGAGUUCAAGAAGCUGAUCAAGCCCUUUAUCCAAAAUGCGCCUCUCAUGGUUGCUCGCGAAGGCAUCGACCCGCCCGAGGUCGUCGAGGACGCCAAAACCAGUGGCGGCCGGGCCGGUGAGGCCGAGGAGGUUGCCGGCAUCGUCGCCAUGCUGGCCGGCCCGGAGAGUGCGUGGUGCACCGGCCAGGUCAUCUGCGCCAAUGGAGGCAUGAUCUUUGUCACGAUGGCGUCCGAUCCCCUCGACGAUGUCCUCAACAUCGAGGAGCGUUUCUAUUCGGAGGGCUACCAACAGGGCCUCGAAGACGGCGUUCAGGCGGGGCGCAUCGAAGGCCGGUCCUUCGGUAUGCAAAAGGGCUUCGAGAAGUUCCUCGAGAGCGGCCGUCUCGCCGGAAAGGCCAUCGUCUGGGCAAACCGCAUUCCUCACCAGCCAGGCGCCGCAGCAGAUGCCACCGCCAAAGAGCCAUGUACGCUACCGCAGUUGCCCAAGAACGCACGCCUGGAGAAGAACAUCAACACCCUCUACGCCCUCGUCGAGCCCGAGACCCUGUCCACAGCCAACACGGAUGAGGCGGUGCAAGACUUUGACGACCGGGUGAAGCGGGCGCUGGGGAAAGCGAAGAUUGUCGAGCGGAUGGUGGGUGGUGGUGGUGCGAAGGAGACAUCCUGA